AUGGAGGACAGCGCCCAGGCAGGUGUGCAGGCUCUGCCCUUUGCCGUACGCGAGCACUGCAAGCAGCAGGAUUGCCGGGAGGUGUGCCGACUGGCGUUCGAGAGCUGGCGUGGGCUGAAAGACGGUGACCUGGAGGUAACUGAGGUGUCUGGCGGUGUGACCAAUGUGCUGCUGAAAGUGGAAGCACCGCAGUCCUCAGGGUUGUCUCCGGUUGUUGUCCGCGUUUUUGGCAACAACACAGAGAAGUUCAUAGAUCGUGGCACAGAAGCCAAAUGCAUAAAAGCUCUUGCCCCACUUGGUUUUGGUGCACAGGUGCUGGCUGAAUUUUCAAACGGCAGGAUUGAGGCAUUCCUGGAUUGCCACACCCUGGAGCCUGAGGAACUUGCGCAUCCUGUGCUGUCAGCCCGCAUUGCUUGCAAGCUCCAUGAAUUCCAUUCUACUGAGGUUGAUAUACCAAGGGUGCCACAAUUGUUUCCUCUCGUGAGGAAAUUCAUUAGUGUUGCCAACAGUAUCAGCUUCACCAAGGCUGAGGAUCAGAAGAGGUUUGAGGGCCUCCAUCUAGACAGGAUAGCAGCUGAGUUGGAUGAACUGGAGCAGAUGUGCGUGGACAGCCGCUCGCCAGUCGUGUUCACCCACAAUGACCUUCUGGCAGGCAAUAUUUUGUUGCUGAGAGAUCCUGGGUCUGGUGGAUUCGACAACGAGAAGGGGACGAUGACUUUCAUUGACUUCGAGUAUGGUUGCUAUUCGUUUCGGGGAUUUGACUUCGGGAACCAUUUCAAUGAGUAUGCGGGCUUCGAGUGUGACUGGUCGAGAUAUCCAAAUCAUGACCAACAAAGACGCUUUGUGGCAGCGUAUCUGCAGCACGGCACAGAGGUACCACCGACUGAUGAGGAAGUGGAACGACUUGUUGCAGAAGCCGACCUCUUUUCGUUGGCGUCACAUAUCUUCUGGGGAGUGUGGGCUAUACUUCAGGCUGGCUUCUCUCCCAUCGACUUCGACUAUCUUGAGUACUCCCAGAAUCGUCUGGGUGAGUACUACAGAAGAAGGGGGGAUGUGAUGAGGAUGGCACGUGAAUUUCUGUUAAUGGGGAACUGA